AUGAUAUUCAAUUUAAAUUUAGUUUCGAGGUGUAAUAGAAUAUUUAAUAGUCAACUUCGAUGCAUUGUUCAGUCCAGUUUCGCAAGAACCAACAAAUCUAAUAAAAACGCCAACCUUCCAUUCAAGGUCACUAGAACACCAUCUGGGAAUCUUGCUGUUUACACGAAAAUAAGGGCGCAUGGAACCGUGCAAUACACCGUCGUGAGACACAUCUAUGGCGACAUUCAGGCCAUGAAGGAGCAGCUGCGCAUUCUCUGCGAGUCUCCCGUGCGGGAGAGGGUCGGAAGCCUGGAGGUUCAGGGCAUUCACGUCAAGAAGAUCAAAAAGUGGCUCGUCGCUUGCGGGUUCGCCUCUGCUUAG